AUGUGCCGGCUGGCUGGAGCUGUGACUGUCGUGGUGGUCUCGUUGCUGCAGACCCCUCACUGCCUGGCCAGACCCUACCUCAAUGUCUCCGGGGAGAUCAUGCUCGGGGGACUCUUCCCUGUCCAUGCUAACGGCAAGGGAGUCACGGAAUGUGGAGGAGUUCAGGUAGAGGACGGCAUGCUGAUGCUGGAGGCUAUGCUGUUCAUUGUUAAUGAAAUCAAUGAGAGGACAGAUCUGCUUCCUGACAUCAAGCUUGGAGUGAUAGCAUACGACACAUGUGAUAGUCCGGCAUACGCCCUGGAACAGUCUUUGGAUUUUAUCAAAGGAUUUAUUGCCCACUACAAUGGUAACAAGCUUCACACCGAUCACCCUAAGGAGUUCGUGUGCAGAGAUGGAGAACCACCGGAGUACCGAGGUGGUAACUUUGACAAAGUUGCAGCACUUAUAGGGGAGCAGUCCAGUGCUGUUACUAUGCAGAUCGCGACAAUGCUGAGACUGUUCGGCACUCCUAUUGUCAGCUACCUGGCCACUUCCCCGGCCCUCAGCAACAAGGACAAGUUCCCCACGUUCUUCCGCACCGUUCCCAGCGACAUCAAUCAGGCCAACGCGAUGUUGGCACUCAUCAGUCAGAUGAAUUGGACCUACGUAUCCAUCGUGUACGUGGACACUGAGUAUGGGAACCAAGGAUACGAGACACUCAACACCUUGGCUCCCGAGUACGGCGUCUGCUUCUCCACGCCGCUGCGAGUCAGCAACGAACACUUCUCCGACGUUGACUACGACAGGAUCGUCCAGAAGCUGGCAAACAACUCCGACGCUAGAGUCGUGGUGGUGUUUGCGGAGAAACCAACAGUGGUGUUACGGCUCGUGGAGUCCACACGGCGUAUGAAGGUCGGCAACCGCUUCGUCUGGGUUGGCUCUCACGGCUGGACCGUCACUGACCAUCGCGAGCAUCACUUGCCGAUCGUCUCCAAGCUAGAAGAUUCAUUGGCCACUGUCAACCGUCCAAACCGUUCGAAACUGGCCAAUUAA